AUGCCGGCCGAACCGCCAGAAAAGCACCGCAACGGGACGAUAAAAUCAGGUGCAACACGUAGCGUGCUUGUUUCUGAUCCGGACUGCAAACUCUGCCUAAAGAAUUACCAUUUAUUUCUUCUAGAAAAAGAGCAACAGGAAGCAAUCGAACAUAUUGAUGAAGUACAGAAUGAAAUUGACAGAUUGAAUGAACAGGCCAGCGAGGAAAUUUUAAAAGUAGAACAGAAAUACAACAAACUACGCCAGCCAUUCUUCCAGAAGAGGUCAGAACUGAUCGCCAAAAUCCCCAACUUCUGGGUCACAACGUUCGUCAAUCAUCCACAAGUUUCUGCUCUUCUUGGGGAAGAGGAUGAGGAGGCACUUCACUACCUGACCAGAGUCGAAGUGACAGAAUUUGAAGACAUAAAAUCAGGAUACAGAAUAGAUUUUUACUUUGAUGAAAAUCCCUAUUUCGAAAACAAAAUCCUUUCCAAAGAGUUUCACCUGAAUGAGAGUGGAGACCCAUCCUCAAAGUCGACAGAGAUCAAAUGGAAAGCGGGGAAGGACCUGACAAAGCGCUCCAGCCAGACGCAGAACAAAGCCGGAAGGAAGAGGCAGCAUGAAGAGCCAGAGAGCUUUUUCACCUGGUUCACUGACCACUCCGAUGCUGGAGCGGACGAGCUUGGAGAGGUCAUCAAGGACGACAUCUGGCCAAAUCCCUUGCAGUACUACUUGGUCCCCGAUAUGGAUGAUGAGGAGGGAGAGGGUGAAGAUGACGAGGACGACGACGAGGAGGAGGAAGGCUUGGAGGACAUUGAUGAAGAAGGAGAUGAGGACGAUGGAGAGGAGGAUGAAGAAGAUGAUGAUGGGGAAGAAGGAGAGGAUGACGACGGGGAAGAUGACUAAAUCCGAACAGGACAGAUUCCACCUCCAUCCCUCCCCAUUUUCCCGUUCAUUUAUCCUCAGAUCCCUGGGAGCAAGAUGCUUUUUUUAAAUUUUUUUGUGCUCCGUCUCCUUGUUCUCCUGAAGUCUCUCUUCUGUCCAUGUCAUCCCUUAAUACAGGUUUAUUACCAGGAAAGACUUGCAUUGGAAAACUAGUGGCAAUCUCUUGAAGUCCCUUGUUUAAUUUUCGACUUCCACACCAUCAGAAAAACAUGUAAUCUGCACACCACCUUAUAGUUUAAAAGGACAUAAAGUAGCAAUUUAUAUAUAUUUUCCUUUUGAGGGCUGUGAGUUUAAAAGCCAUUGUGCAGUGAGAACAGAUUUCUAUCUUCCCUCCUUUUUUUAAUUUUUCUCAAUACUGCUUAGCCCCCAGAGAUGACACGGUUUUCCCAUGUGAUCAUAUGGACAGUUAGGAAGUACCAGCUCGUUCCCGUUUCCUCUUGUAAUAAUAUAAUGUUUUCGGGGUCAAUAUUAGGUUAGGGUGGGGUUAUCAUAGGCGUUUGGAAUGGGUGGGCGCAGGUGGGCAUUUUGACACAACAUCACUGACUUUAGAGGUUAUGUUGAUUGAUCGCAUUGUAAUGUUUUACAGACAUCCAUAAGGUUUGAAAUGACAUUUUUAAAUAAAGAAAAAGAAAAAAAAACUACUCUUCUCUUGUAAUUUUGAACCCUGCUACUUCAAGAAAUAUUUAAAAAAAACUGUAGAAUCUUACAUGGAAUCUACAUCUCUAAUCAUUUCUUUUUUUUUUCCACUGGAAAGAAAACUGCUCAAUUUUAAACGUUAAAGUGUACAAGUUGCUUUGUUACAAUAAAACUAAAUGUGUACACGUA